AUGCAGCCUCUUUCUGUCGCCCUUUUUCUUGUUUCUGUAUGCCUUGCAUCGGCUGUGGAUAGGCAAUAUAUCAGUGCUAAUGGUACCUUUGCAAACCGAAGGGAUUAUGAUUCGAUAACAGUUAAAAAUGGAGGACGUUGGGGUCUUUGGACAUGGAUUGACAAGUGUCCACCAGAAUCGUAUGCCAUUGGAUUUAGCAUUAGGGUGGAAGAAUAUAGAGGAGCUAGUGAUGACACUUCACUCAAUGGAAUCCGAUUAUUCUGUUCAACUGAGCAAAGCAAUAAUAUUAUGUACACUGUUGAAUCUGAACCGGGAGAAUAUGGACACUGGUCAGGAAUUAGAUGGUGUCCACGAAAUGGUAUUUUACGUUCUUUUCAGUUGAAAGUUGAACCAGAGCAAGGAGUUUUAGAUGACACAGCAGUAAACAACAUUAGAUUCCGUUGCAGCAAUGGUCUUCAACUUGAAGAAGCUGGUGGUCAAUUUGGUGAAUACAGUGAAUGGAGUACACCCUGUGAGAAAGGAGGAAUUUGUGGCCUUCAAACUAAGCAGGAGCCCUACCAGGGCAUUUUUAAAGAUGAUACAGCCUUAAACGAUGUUCGCUUCUUCUGCUGUGAAUAAAUUCUUUAGAGUCAAAGCAAUC